AUGGCAGACGCUCUUCCGUCUGGCGACCGCACUACUGCCACCACCGUUGGUGCUGCUGCCUCACACCGCGCGGAGGAGGAGAGGCAGCAGGCAGAGAAAAUGGCUCUUAGUCAACAGCUCUCUGAAGUGGAGCGUCAAUUGAGCGAGGCGUCGCAGAGCGUAGUCGCCCUUGAGAAAGGCGAGCAUCCGCUUGCGGUCGACGUGUCCGAAGCCGAGCGUGUGGUGGCUUCCCUCAGGGCCAAAGAGGCUGCGGCUCGUCAGCAAAGAGCAGAAGAGGAGGCUCAAAUCCGGCAAGCGGCUUGCGCAAACGCAGUCGAGACUGUGCAUGCGAGGGACGUGGAGGAGGAGAUGCGCGAGUAUCGCGGCCAAUGCGUCCAGCGCCUCCAGCAGCAUGUAGAGGAUCUCAUGCAGGCCGUGCAGGAGCAGCAGAUGCGCACUGCCACCCUUCGAGCAGAGUGGGAGGCCGCCGUCACACGUGAGACGCAGGAUGACAGUGAAUCCUCCAUGUUUGAAGCCCUACUGCUUCGUGUGCAGGACGGUGUACGUCAUUUGAAGCGACGACUGUCGUUACAAUGCAGCCGCGUCUUGGCGGAGAGUUCCCGUGUGUACUUGGGGUCAGCGCGGCAGCAGCGAGUCGAGAUCUUUGCCAAUGACACGGCAGCCCGUGCACGAACGCUGGCGGAGCACCGAGCUCGGCGCGAGGAGGAGGCAGCCGCGUUCCACGAUAUGUGUCGCCGCACCUUUCAGGAGCGCGCAGACUCCGCCUUUGGUGCUACCAAGGCUGCCUUCGAAGCGGCACACCGCUACCAUGACAACGAGCGUCGUCAGCGUGUAGCCGCCUUCCAGUGCCGGCUCGCUUCCAUGACAGAGCGAAGCCGCGAGAUGCUGGAGCAGCAGGUGCACCGCCUACUCGAGCAGGAGUGUGCGAUCACCAUCACGCAGCAGGACGCGGCCGCAAAGGAGUGGGCGGCGCGUCAAAAAGAGCUAACGGCGCAGCUCCAAGCAUUUCGCUCGCGUGCGGAUGUGGAGGUCUGCCUGCUGCAGGAAGGCUGCGGGGUGCAUCGUGCCUCUGUUGGGUCGCUGUCUCAGACGCCGGCGGCGCCCGUACCGGCGCAGGAGGCGCUGCGCAGCGACUUGAACCGUGCGCGUGCGCGAAUGGGGCAGCUCGCGCUCUCGUUGCGCAUCAAACACGAGCAGCAGUCGUGCACCUCAUAUGCACGGAUGGCUACCCGCGCGGUCGACUACCAGGGCACUGGUGACGCGUGCCGUACGGGGAACUCGCCCUUGUCUUCGUCUUUUUCAGUGGCGCAAAUCAGCGAGGAAUGGCAGCGCUCCCUCGUCUCCCUGCAGCACAGCCGCGAGACACUUCGGAGCACCAUAUCCGAUGUCAAGGAGGCGAGCCGUGGCUAUGCUGCGCAGCUGCAGCAGCGCCGCACGCAGCUCAUGCAGCAGCAGGAGGAUGUCAAGGCCAUUCGCGCCGAAUGGGAGCAGGCGGCUCGUGGGCAGCUGUCGAGAUGCCUGACAGCAGCGAGCUCACAAGUGCCUGUCCACGUUGGCCUCACGACCCACGCUCUCGACAACUUGAGUCGACGUGUUGGUGUCAUCCUGCGAGCCCAUCAAUCGCUGCGCACGGCUCGGACCACUUUCACAGCGAAUCUCGGAACGUGGUCAAAGUCCCUUACUGACUACCGCGUCGACACGGAACGCCUUCUUGCCGACGUUUUUCAGCAGCUCGACCUCCUUCGAGAACGAAGUGUUCAGAUGGAGGUGGACCAGUUGACGUUGCAGUCCUUGCAGGCGCAGGUCGACGUGCUUGAGCAGCACGUGACGGAGGGGGCAAGGCGGCUGGCCCUCCGCAAGCGGUGUGUCGACGCUUUUGUGAAGCGCCUUCGGGCAGGUUUGGGUCAGUCGCACACGCUCCCAAGCUCGCGCGAUUCUCGACUGUUGCCAGCGAGGCACAAGGAACAAUCAACGCACGUGACGCAGACCUUCAAGGACGCCAACAGCAUUUCAGCGAGUUGCGGUGCAGCGAGCCCUGCCGGUGCGGCGGCGGUGGUGUCCGAUGCGGACCGUCAGGCGAAGCGUGCAAAGAAGCGAGCGCCUCCGCACAAAAGGGCACUGAAGCAAACGCCAUCCUCGUUAGCACACAUAAGGGCGUCCCCUGCGGCUACCUGUUCCCUUGUAACGCGCAUAAACCGUGUGACAAGUCGCCGCGGCAGCGACCACUCGCAGGAGGGUCGGCGCGCCGCUACCGCUGGCAUAACACCAAGGACGGGAUUGACCACGUCGGACGUCGACGUGCUUGGCCGCUGCUCCCCGUAUUCUAUUCUUCCAACGCUCGAAGGGAACCGCCCGUAUGCCGUGGCCGAGAAAUCGACCUCUUCGUUUUCCUCCGUGCCCGCCUACGGCUCUUCCGCUGUGCACGACUCCUCCGCCGCAGUGGAUGCGGAGGCCGAUGAGGAGGAGGGAAGGGGGGAAAGCGAUUUCACCACCGAUCUUAUGUCCUUUGGGGAUGACCAUGGCAGCUUCCUCGAUACACCGGCCACCUGUACUCGGUGA